UCUCCGUCGUUCGUGUUCUGUCAGUCAGUGCGAAAUCGUUCGUCAUCAGACAAAAGUGGGUGCGUAGCACAGAAAAUUCAUCCGCGAUUUUUAUUGUUUCGGUUUAUUCAAAAAAUUCUAUCGCUCGUCCAGAACGUCUCAUAAUUGCAGUGAAAUCAAAAUCCCGUUGUGGAAAGUGUUCUAAAUUUUCGAUUGGAAUCCGCAAGUGAAUCAAAGAGUGGCGAAAUUGUAACGCAGUGAAAAGGAAAGAAAAAAUCAGCACUAGGUAGAGGUUGCAAUUGGCUACCUCGAAAGCAGCAAUCAAUUUUCAACAAUACGAAACUAAUCGGCCAGAGUGUGGCAAACCGAGGAGUCAACCAUUGGAAGUAUAACUCAUCGAAGCAGCAUCAACAAGCGAAGAAAAGCGGGUUUGGGGGCGCUGUCGAGAUCAAGAAAUUAGACUUUACUCCCACCCACCUAUCAAUCAUCGAAGAAAAGCAUUGCAGUGAUUUAAAAAAAGGACCUCGUCCUCUAUCAGGAAUAUAUUCCUUCCUAUUGUUUGGGAUUUCAUCUACUGCUCGACACGUUUUACUUUCCGCUGAAUUUAGAGCGUACCUCUGUAUGUUGUCAAUUUCUCGAUAGGAGCCGUAAACAGUGUAACAAAACCAAUUGAGCUGAGGAUAAGUGUUUGUACUGAGAUAUAUUGCAGAACCGUAAGUUCUAGUGUACAACGGUGUGACCAUGUGUGAGUGUUCUGAAUAAUUCUAAAAAAAAUAGCGCAGUGAGUGUGACCCAAAAUCGCUUUGGACACGAAAAUUCUAAACAUCCUCUGAUAAAUCUCCACCACAUUAAUUACAAUUGGCAGCAGCUAAAAACUUAAUCAGAAAAUUUGCUAUCGUUUCGUGUUGCCGGCUCAUUUUUUUUUUCUCGCGGUACGACACUGCCAUCACUAUCGACAGCAGCACCCUAGGUAUCACCAUCGAUAACAACAGCAACAACUGAUCACUAGAGAGCCACUCACCACUUUUACGUCAUCAGUAGCAGUCGUUUAGAACAGCGCAAUCAUUACUCCACGAUGAAACGAAACGACACGCAAAUGAAUGUCGCUGGCAUACGGCGAAACAUCAAAAAUCUUGCACACAACUAUUCCGAUGCACAGGUCAAAGUACGGGAGGCGACAUCGAACGACCCGUGGGGUCCCUCAUCGACUAUAAUGGCGGAAAUUGCUGAUCUGACCUACAACGUGGUAGCCUUUUCAGAGAUUAUGCAAAUGAUUUGGAAACGAACCAACGACCAUGGAAAAAAUUGGCGCCACGUGUACAAGGCCCUACUGCUGCUCGAAUAUCUAAUAAAAACAGGUACCGAAAAGGUGGCACAACAAUGUAAAGAAAAUAUUUACGCAAUCCAGACGUUGAAAGAUUUCCAAUACGUCGAGGAGGGUAAGGACCAAGGCAUGCACGUGCGGGAGAAAGCCAAACAGCUGGUGUCACUGCUGAAAGAUGACGAACGGCUGAAAAAUGAACGAGCAAGGGCGUUAAAAGCAAAAGAACGCUUUGCCCGGACAGCCAGCGGAUUCGGUUCCGAUGGCUCUAUCGAUGGUCCCACUACCAGAGAUGCACGGCCUCCGAAUUGGGGUGAAGGGGAGCCAACGGGUCGACCAGUGUCGGAAAUCGAAUUUGUCAGGCCUCAGACGGUAGGAGAAGAAGAACUGCAGCUACAGUUGGCGAUGGCAAUGUCACGUGAAGAGGCUGAACAAGAAGAGCAAAAGCGAAGGAGCGACGAUGUACGGUUGCAGCUGGCACUAAGCCAGAGUGAGCAGGACUUCAAACAUGAUGCCAAACCAGCAGAUAGCGCCCUAGUCGAUUUGCUGGACAUUUCGUUCGGGGCCGCUAGUAUUUCCAGUCCUUCACAGCCGGGACCUUCUACCAGUACUGAUCCAUGGGGUUUGCCAGUAGCCGGAGGAUCGAGGCCACAGACAUCUGAUCCAUGGUCACGGACGUCAUCUCCCCCAGUAGUGGAUCCUUGGUUAAACAGUGCUUCGGCCCUUCCUCCACCCACAUCAAGGCCGCCGGCAGCAGCGCCUGGUAUUGGAUUGGAAGCAUGGGUUCCAGCGCGGACACAUUCGCCCUCGGUAACAUCAGGUUCAUCGGUGGAAGGGUGGCUUCAGAAUGGAACCGGUGCUGGAGCGACAGCCCCUUCAGGAACCAACGGAAAUGUGGACCCAUGGCUUAAAACGUCUGCUCCCAGUGCGAGCGAUGCGUGGCAGGCAAAACGAACCACACCAGUGCCUACGGCUGAUCCUUGGCAAGCUCCUAGCUCAAAUCUAGUCAAGCAAGAUCCUUGGGCGCCAGUAGCGGAAGGCACUUUUGCGUUGCCUGCACAUCGACCUUCUCCAGUGGGAGCUAUUACCUCGCCUGCUUCAGAACUCGAUGAGUUUGAUAUCAUCACAAAACGGAGCAAUAACAGCAAUGCAGUAAACAACAACUUGAAUAAUAAUAGUGGAUCGUUACUGGACGACUUAGACCCGCUAUCGUCAAGCAACACCUCCAGUUCAGCUAGCAACUCUACUCCAUCAGCAACGGCGACAACGAAGAAGACACCUGCCUCGUUCCUUGGUGAAAACUCCUCGCUGGUUAAUCUGGACAACCUCAUCAAACCAGUAACGACGGCACCAGGUGCGGUGGCGCCAGGUGCGCCGGCUUAUAAUCCCUUCGGUGACGCAGCUCCAGUGCAGAAAAACCUGUUCCAGCAGAAUCAGCCACAGGUUCCGUCCAUUAAUCAGCUGAAACAAUCGCCUUUCCCAGUGACGCUUAAUCAGGAUCCAUGGGCACCAGUUAAUCCUACCGCUGCGGCGCAAUUUGGUGAGCAUAACUAUAGCACUGGAACAGUUCACGAUCCUCACACUAUUUCUUCGUUUGGAUUAACCGACGAUACGAUCUUUGAUCGUGGUUUCGAUACUAACAAUAAUAGUCCUAUUCCCGUUUCCGUUGAUUACGAUAACAACAAUCAGCAUGGUGGUGGUGCGAUCAUGCAUGAUACUCAUGAUGAAGUUUUCAAUCCCAAUUUCCUUCCCACUACCUACAUUGGCAAGCAGCCCAUCAAUAACGCCAAUGCUCCCCUGGAAACUAUUACCAAUCCAAGACAACAACCGCCCUCUCAUCCGCCUCCUAUCUACAACAAUCAGUCGGAACUAGGCGAACUCUAUGAUUUCGGUUUUGGUAACGAUAUUGCAUCCGAUUCUGACAAUUACAAAACCAACCAUAACAACAUCAACAAUAAUGCUCCCUGGAUGAAUCCGCAGUCAUCGAAUCCAUUCCUAUCGUAAAAGCAAAACAUACACUACAGCGAAACCACAGAAAACAACCAAUAGCAAUUUUACUAGAUCCGAAACAGACAAGUGAUGGGGAACAACAUAAAAGCGAAGCUUUGUGCAAAAAGAACGACUGAACACAACGACAGAAAGAGAAAACCAGAGGACUUAUUACGAUACAAGAAGUAAAGCGUAUAACAGAAAAGCUAAACUGUACUACAUCUCCUCCAAAAUCCAUGUAAAUUAGUUACUCAAACUGUAGAUAUUGAUGUAAAUCAAAAGUAAAAAAAUCGUCUGAAACCCACUUUUAUUUUCGAAAUUUUAUUUCUCAUACUUGAAAACAGCGCUAAUGCAAGACAGAAAACCCUUCUAUGCCGAACACUCACAUAAAACAGUUACAAAAUACUAAUAGAGUAGACAACGGUGGAAAAUCAAAAAUGCCUUACUAAAUGUUAAAGAAAAACUAGAAAAUAACCUAAAUGACUGCUAAACAGAAACUACUAAAUAGUAAAAUCUCUAAUCAUACUAUAGCAUGUUUGUAGUAAAACAUGAAACAGAGGAGCUAAAACAGAACUACAAAAAAGAAAUUUAAAAAACAAAAAACUAUUUGUCCAUACAUGUAGGCGCACUCUGGAUGUGGGAAGGGGGUGGUUUUUUAUUGCUAAUCACACAACUCAAUUUUGAACGUUUUUGCUAACAAAAAUCAAAUAAAAAAUAAAGGAUACUUCUUUCGUGAAUGUGAUAAUUGUUACCACACAUACAUAUACUUUUUACAUGAUAGCAUGAACAUUUUGGGAGAAAACAGUUUUGUGCGUUGUAGUUUUUAAUAAAAAUUGGUGGUACUAUUACUUUUGUGAUGUUUUCCUCUUUCAAAAUUCGAUUGAAGCUACCCAGAAUGAGAUUUCUGCCGAUUGUUUCUGAGAUGGUUUCAAAUGACACGACAGUUGCAAAUCCGUUUGAGAUGUGUAAGUUGAUGGCAGUAGGGCAGAAUUGAACGUAAACCUUUUUUUUGGAUGGGCUUCGCUUUUUGUGCCGGAAAUGUCUUCUUACAAAGAAAUUUAUAAAUAAAUCAAUGGAGCUUUAGUUACAAACUAGACACAAACACGUGAAAUUAAUUAAAACAUGAAUGCUACAAAUACUGGUUAUCUUAAAAAGUAUUGUAUAGAGAGAUCAUAUUUUGUUUAAUUCUGCAGUGGAAGUGUAAGCUAUUUCCCUAAUAUUUAUUUAAAAAAGCUUAGUUUUUAUUGAUUAUGCAAAGUAUAUAAAAACUUUUUGGAAACAAAUCAUGAUAGGUUUAUUCAUUAAAAAGCAUAAACAGCUGUGUAAAUCUAGAACUGAAUUGGGAAUAAUCAACUUACAUUGAUUAGUAAAUAAAGCUAAUAUUCCUUGAACUUUGGGCAAUCUACACAGGUGCUUAGGCUGUUAAGUGAAUAAUCCCAUAAUUUUAAAAAGAGCUUAUUCCUGCUACUACUAAUUUUCGUUUAUGUAUUUUGACAGAAGAAAAUACAUCUAUUGUAGAAAUGGAAUAAUUGUGACUACAGAUAUUACAAUAUUGUAAACUUGAAAAAACAACAGAUGCAAUAGUUUUUUGUUCGAUAACAUCUUAUUAUUGGUUCUUGUUUCUCUACUUAUGAGCAUUAAAUAGGUCUGAAAUACUGUUACAAAACUGAACAAUGGAAGAUUAUGUAUUUGGUUUCUAACAAUUCACAACAAUAAGCAAAUCUUAAGCAAGAGGAACAAUUCGCAAAUUUUAUUCAAUGAUGUCAACACUCUGGCAGGAGAAGGUAAAUUUAAAAAAAAUGUAUAGAAUUCGAAGAUUAUUUAGAACGGAAGAAAGAAAUUAUAUAUAUUUUAUAAAAUAAAUUGAAUUGAUUUCAAUACUUGUCCAUCGA